AUGGCUACGAUCCGGCACCUCGCCCCCCUCAUUCUCCUUCUCGCGUCGUCAGUCGAGGUGCGAGCCAAGAACAUUGACUACGCCGCUCUCCCUGACGAGACGCUCUUCCCAGGGCCGUGGGAACGUUAUAUCAAGGCCCCGGCAGAUAAGACGCGCAUCACGCCGGCUCGCAUAUUGGCCACCUUUGGCAAUGUCACGACGAGCUCCGCCACACCAUGGGCCGUCACACCAGGCGAUCAUGUUCCUGGACAGGGAAUACUGAUCGGGCCCGAAGGACUGCUGACUCUGGAGUUUGACGAGAACAUUGGCGGCCGGCGGCACAGGGUCUGCUUCGAUGUCGAGUCUGUGGGCGACGAUCCAGAGCUUUACCUCUCUUACUCUGAAUCUCCUCUGUUCUCAGGGAAGCUGCCCGACGCGACGACGGACCGCUCGGAGGGAGACCUGCCCCUGCAGAUCGAGUUUGGGACCCAGACUGGAGUGGUCUGCGUCGGAAAGGACUUCGUGCGAGGCGGCUUCAAAUAUCUGACCAUUCGGAUGCCGGUGUAUCCCGUACUCGGUAGCGGUCCAGCCCCUAAUUCACAUCGUGACGUUUUGUCCGGGCAACACGUCCUGAGCCCGGGAGCCGAACGGAGGAAGUCAGACAGAGAUCCGUACGCGACGCCGUGGGUGUCCAUCCGGAACCUCUGGGUCGACUGCACUGCCUACCCCUCGCAGGCCCAAGGAAGAGCCUAUUCGGGCUACUUCUUCAGCUCAAGCAACCUGCUCAACAGGAUCUGGUACGCCGGCGCGUACACCCUGCAGCUCUCGACGCUCGACCCCGGUGAGGGCUCGUCCAGGAUCGAUUACAACCGUCUCGUAGACGACAACGAGUCGCCCGCCGGUUCUUGCCUACCUGCGCGCGUCAACGUCAGCGUGGCCAAGAUCGACAACGACACGAACCUCCACCCUGGCAAGAAGCACAGCCUUCGAAGCAAGCGCCUGCUCUCCGUCGUCCUCGACAAGACUAUCACCCUCGCACGCUGGCUCGGCGACGAAAACGACGGCAACAUGCACCGUCCCGACGACGACCUCUGGACCGCCGCCCGCGCCGUCCUCCACAAGGGUAUCCAGUCCCUCUACUGCCCGACGACCCAUCUCCACGCAGCGAACCUCGCCGAAUCCCGCCGCUGCCCCGACCCCGACCACCUCGCCCCGCAAGCUGGCAACGCCUGGGCCCUCGUCGCCGGCGCCGCCCACCCAUCCUCAUCCUCACCCGUUUCCCGCGCCCUCAGCGCGCGCUGGCUCCCCGCCGGCGCGCCGGCGCCCGAAACACCACGCCUCCUCUCGCCGCUGGCCUCCUCCAUCGAGCUGAUGACGGCACCCGGAGGGACAGUGGGCGGGUUUGUGUGGGAUGACGAUCAGCCCGAGAUUGACUUCAGAGGAGGCAAGACUGUGGCUUUCAUCGUGUGGGAGGAUCGUGUUGGUUCUGCGCCGCCGGUGGAAGCACUUGAUGUAUCGCCUGGGCGGAGGACCGAGGCCGAUUGUGAGGAGGAGUGGUACCUUCAGGUCAUUCUCUACCAGAAUGACAUGCGGCUGGUGUACGACAAGAAUUUAACUGCCCUGCCAUAA